UCUGUUUUGCAGCCUCUGGACUUCGAGAGGAAGCGGCAGUACAGUCUCCGUAUUCAGGUGGAAAAUUCCCACCUCAACCCUCGCUUCUUCUCCGUGGGACCCUUCAGGGAUGAGGCGACCAUUAAGAUCGUGGUGGAGGAUGUGGACGAGCCGCCCUUGUUUGAGCGAGCCAGCUACGUCAUGGAGGUCAAAGAGGACGCGGCCAGGAACACCGCCAUCGGCUCCGUCAGCGCGUCUGACCCCGACGACAAAAACAGUCUCGUCAGGUACUCUAUUGAUCGACGCACGGACAUGGACAGAAUGUUCAACGUCCAUGCAGGGAACGGGUCAGUGUUCAUCCUCCGGGAGCUGGACAGAGAAGAGAACGCCUGGCACAACAUCUCCGUCAUCGCCACAGAGUUCAACAACCCUCGCCAGGUCAGCCGUGUGCCCGUUUACAUCCGAGUGCUGGACGUCAACGACAACGCUCCAACAUUCGCCACCAACUACGAGACGUUUGUGUGUGAGAACGCUAAGGCUAAUCAGAGGAUACAAACCGUGAGCGCCACAGAUCCUGACGAUCCACUCGGAGGACACCGGUUCUUCUUCAGUCUCGCCCAGGAGGCUGCUGGGAAGGCCAACUUCUCUGUCCGUGAUAACAAAGACAACACGGCCUGGAUCCUAACGCGAAGGAACAGCUACAACAGUCUUCAGAUGAGCAUCUACCACGUGCCUGUGGUCAUUUCCGACGGGGUGUUCCCCAUGCAGAGCAGCACCAACACGCUGACCGUCAGAGUGUGCUCCUGCGACCGCGAGGGCAACAUGAAGCUGUGCAACGCAGAGGCGCUCACAGCCAGGGCGGGCCUCAGCACGGGAGCCCUGGUGGCCAUCUUGCUCUGCGUCAUCAUUCUGCUCAUGAUCGUGGUGCUGUUUGCUGCCCUGAGGAGACAGAGGAAGAAGGAGCCUCUGAUCAUCUCCAAAGAGGAUGUCAGAGACAACGUUGUCAGCUACAACGAUGAAGGGGGCGGAGAGGAGGACACUCAGGCCUUUGAUAUCGGCACACUGCGCAACCCAGAGGCCAUCGAAGAGAGCAAGCAGCGGAGGGACAUUGUCCCCGAGACCUUCUUCCCCCCGGUCCGACGGCCCGUGCUGCCCCCGAUCCGGGACCACAACGGGGACGUGAGAGACUUCAUCAACCAGAGGCUGCAGGACAACGACAGCGACCCCACGGCGCCGCCCUACGACUCCUUGGCCACCUACGCCUACGAGGGGACCGGCUCCGUGGCCGAGUCCCUCAGCUCCCUGGAGUCAGUGACCACCGAGGGAGACCAGGACUACAACUACCUGAGCGAGUGGGGCCCCCGCUUUAAGAAACUGGCAGACAUGUACGGGGGCGACGACAGCGACAGGGAUUCCUAACGAGCGCCUGGCACAAAGACAAGGAGAGAAAAAUGUCAAUGAAACACAUUUUAAACUUUCGGGCAGUUCUGGUGCAUGUGUGGCGAUAAAAAUGGCGGAAAAGGACCAUGGAACGAGCACCGUUUGUCCACGUGCCGUCUCAACGCCACCGCUCACCUUUCAGUUGUCCCCGGUGACCAGACGUAGGCUUUGUGUGUCCAGUCAGUGUUAGUUGCGUUUUGCCUGGGUGAAGUGAAAAGAGACUUUGUGUCAAGACAUUUUCUGUGUGUAAUUGGGUGUACAUGACGCCCAAAUAUAUCUAUACCAAUAUUUUCUUUUUCGUUUGUUUUUCAAAGCUGCGUGUGAUGGACACUUUCAACAAGCAGUUUUGUAAACCCUACAAAUAUGCCUAUGUAUUUUUCAGUGUUUCUGGGACAAAAACAUGCUGCAUAUUGUGAGUUCUAUCUUAGCUUGUGUAUGUACGGUAAUAUGAUACGAUACGCUGUAAAGUUGUUUUUAAAAAGGGAUUUCUAUUGUCCAAAAGAUCCCUUCUUUAAGCGAUGGCAUCCACAGCUCGGCUUGAGCAGGAAGUGUCACACAAUCGUCCUCUCUGAGAAUCUAGAUACAGAUUGGAGGGAUGAAUUUUCAAAUAGUGUUGUGGAACAUUGCUGUUGACAAGUGGCUAAUAAAGCAUACCUGAAGCUGUGGCAAAUGUGGAAUUUAUGGCAACAACAUACAAAAACCAUCAUUUCUGACUAUCAUCUCCACACAGCUGUAAACAAUAUGCUGUAAGGUGAGCCAAAUACCAAAUAGUAACUUGAGCUGAAUGUCCUGAUUUUUCCAGUUCACCCAAUAGGCUGAAAAAUAAAUAAAAAACAGUGUUAAAUUCUGAGAUAAACUGAUAAUCAAGAAACACCAGUUCGAGGGAAAUGCUGGUCUGAUUCACUCUGUACAGCAUGGUGUAAAAGUCACAUGCGCAGACUGCAACAUCCUGUGACCAUUAAAACAAUUCACUCAAUAUUAUUUUCGUAUCUGUGCGUACGAUGAAGAAACACAGCGAGAUUUGACUUCAUGUACCAAGCUGGAAGAAUGAUAUUUCAAUUAGAAAUUCAUACAAAAAAAUAAAUCAUGUGUUUAAAUGUAAACUCUGUCCAUAUGUAAAGCUUUUAUACUUCCUUUGAGAAAGUAUAAACGGAUGAAAUUGAUCAAAAGAAAUGCCUUAAAUUAUAAAAGUAAAACUACGCAAUGAGAAGUGGCCUAAAAUGUUGAUUACCUUUUUGUGGGUGGUCGGAUUCUAAUAAGUCUAAAAAACAAACCUACAGCAUAAAGCAAGGGUUUUUCUGAUAAAGGUGUUGUGUGUAGAGGAGGCUCCGCCCACAGUCGAAUGUAUACAAAUGUAACAUAGCAGUUUUUGGAGAUGUGCCAAAAAGCACCAGUAUUUUCCUUUUAAAAUGAUCAUGUUCACCACCCUUCAUUACAUGUACUGUGUGUAGUGUUGAACAUGGAGCUCACCCAGAUGAUUUCCUGAGGGACGGACAGCCUCUCCUGUCGGGCCCUUACGAGGGGCCCCUGACCUUUGAGCUGGGCGGCUCUCAAACCCAGAGCGGUGUCCUCUGGAGAAGGUCAAACCGUUGUCCUGCAGCGAGAACACAAAACAGUUUAGCAUUUAAUGUCAAAACAGAACCAUUUUUUAAUCACUAUUACUUCAAGAAUUAAACAGUAAUUAAAUGUAUUUCAUUACUGGAGACUUGGAGGGUAAAAUAAUAAAAGCUAUAACAAGCUCUGCCCUCACUUUAGCAAAAGGCCUACAUGGGAGGAGGCUGACAUUUAUCACACAUUGUAAUAACAAAACAUAAUGGUGUAAUUUUUCACAGUCUGUACUCCAAAAGAGGCUUUCCAGAGCGGCACAUUUAACAAUCUAAUUGACAGUGGUUGGAAAAUUCUUUACGCUCUGCUAUUGUAUACAUGCACUCAUUUUUUCGCCCCCUUGUUUUUGUUUAUUAGCUUGUUGCUGUGGUUCCCAUUAUAAGUGGCCAUUUCAGACUGUGGCAGUGUUGCUGUGAUAAGCAUUUAAUGGGGUUAGAAACCCUUCACUCUAAGGAAUCUGCUUCUCUGCCUCGAGGUACAAUGCGAGGUCUCAAAUGGAAAUCAACGUGACAGCAGCACUUCACAAAAGCAUUUUUUUCCCUUCGCUAUUUUCUGUCUCCAUACAGGGUGUCAGCAUAUCGCCAUUACAAAGACGUGCUUGUGUUUUCCUAUGGAGAGUAUAAUUGCCUCCAAGCAUUGGCGCCAUGCUCAGCUAAGAUAACGGAAAGUGUUGCACAUUUGAACGUACCGCCAUUUAUGUUCUUUCUUCAAAGUUGCGAUGGUGAUGUCCUCUUUCUCCAGAUGCGGUAGAUCUGUGGUUGUUGAUGUGUAGACCCGGGCUCACCUCUACAACGGUAUACUGUGUUGGUGAAAAUGUGAUUGAGCAGUGGAGUUUUGUCGAUGUAGAAACAGUUUGAGAGGUCGUGGUAGUGUAAGGGCCCUUCAUCAUUGGCCAUUCAUCAAUCUGCUUUGUAAAACGUGAUAUUUUGUACUGAAUAUUUAUAUGACACGAUUAAAUAUCUUUAAAAUCA